UCCUAAGUGGAAUGCAGCCAUCAUUACUGGGUUUUGAAUACACCUGUGCUUUUCCUUCUAUGACAUGUCAAGAUGUCUGCCGUGAAAAAGGCCCAUAAAGAUAUAAGCAACACCUUCUCACACACCUUCCUCCUCCCACCUGUUAGAUAAAACUCCAUCUUUGCUCCAUAUUAACCAGACAGCACACCUGUGUAACCGUGUAAAUCAGAGGGAGGAAACCUAACACCAGAGCUGCAGUAAGAGGAGGAGCAACACUGGAAAGAGGAGAGCUUCAACAUCACACUCCAGAAAUGAAAGUUAAGUUUGUCAGAGUGUCAGCCACGCUGCAGUCGAGACAAGUCUCGGUUUCUCUCUGAAAGAAAACUCAAACUGACUUCAUCAGGUCUUUCUCAACAACACAGCAGAGUCUCUGCCAAACACUGAUAUGGCUGCUGCAAACUAUCUGCCAUCUGAAGAUCAGUUUCUGUGCUCCAUCUGUCUGGAUGUGUUCACUGAUCCUGUCACCACAUCAUGUGGACACAACUUCUGCAAGAACUGCAUCAAUGAACACUGGAAUACUAAUGACCAGUACCUGUGUCCGAUGUGUAAAAAGGUUUUCAACACAAAACCUGAGCUGCUCAUCAACACAUUGUUCUCUGAGAUGGUUGCUCAGUUCAGACAGUCAGCUCAACAGAAAGCCAGCAGCAGCAGCUCAGAGCAACAAGUGUCCAAACCAGGAGAAGUUCCCUGUGAUGUCUGCACUGGAACCAAACUGAAGGCCCUGAAGUCCUGCCUGGUGUGUCUGGUCUCCUACUGUGAGACUCACCUGGAGUCUCAUCUGACAACGGCAGGUCUGAAAAGACAUCAGCUGAUCGACCCUGUGGAGAACCUGGAAGGCAGGAUGUGUACAAAGCAUGAUAAACCUCUGGAGCUGUUCUGUAAGACCGACCAGACAUGUGUCUGCAUGCUCUGCACUGUUUUAGACCACAAGAUGCAUGAUGUUGUUCCUCUGAAAGAAGAAUAUGAAAGAAAGAAGGCAGAGCUGGGGAAGACAGAGGCUGAAAUUCAGCAGAUGAUCCAGAAGAGACGACUGAAGAUUCAGGAGAUCAAACACUCAGUCGACCUCAGUGAGGAAGAUGCAGACAGAGAGACAGCAGAAGGUGUUCAGGUCUUCACUUCUCUGAAGGAGUCUGUUGAGAGAGGCCUGAAUGAGCUCAUCAACACGAUCAAAGAGAAGCAGAAAACAACAGAAAAACAGGCCGAAGCUUUCAUCAAAGAGCUGGAACAGGAAAUCUCUGAGCUGAUGAAGAGAAGCACUGAGGUGGAGCAGCUCUCACGCUCUGAAGACCACCUCCAUCUUCUCCAGAGUGUCCAGUCCCUAAACAUCCAACAACCUCCACCAACCAAGGACUGGACAGAGGUCAGCAUCCAUCCAUCAUCAUAUGAGGGGACUGUGGUGAAAGCUGUGGCACAGCUGGAUGAGACACUCAGUGAAGAGAUGAAGAAGCUGCUUGCUAAGUCUGAGCUGAAGAGGGUCCAGCAGUAUGCAGUGGAUGUGACUCUUGAUCCUGAUACAGCACAUCCUCAACUCAUCCUGUCUGAUGAUGGGAAACAAGUGAAUCUUGGUGAUGUGAGGAAGAAUCUCCCAGACAACCCGGAGAGAUUUUCUAAUUGUGCUUGUGUUUUAGGAAAGCAGAGUUUCUCUUCAGGCAGAUUUUACUUUGAGGUUCAAGUUAAAGGAAAGACUAAAUGGGCUUUAGGAGUGGCCAGAGAGUCAAUCAACAGGAAAGAGAACAUCCCGCUGAUCCCUCAGAAUGGUGUAUGGACUUUAUAUUUGACAAAUGGAAAUGUGUACAUAGCUGCUGCUAAACCUUCAGUCCUUCUCUCUCUGAAGUCUCCUCCUCAGAAGGUGGGGGUGUUUGUGGAUUAUGAGGAGGGUCUGGUCUCCUUUUAUGAUGUAGAUGCUGCAGCUCUUAUCUACUCCUUUACUGGCUGCUCCUUCACUGAGAAACUUUUCCCAUACUUCUGUCCCUGUAGUAAUGAUGGUGGUAAAAACUCUGCCCCUCUGAUCAUCUCUCCUGUCAGAGUAAACUAAUCACUUAACUUUGAUUCAUUUAUUUUCAUUCAGGGAAACAAAUGUUUGCCAAUCAUGUAACCAGAGAUCAGACUUGUCAGAGUGUUUGAAGGCGGUGUGAGAGUCCAGUACACGAAACGGGAAACAUCACUGCCUCUAUCUCUGCCACGAGAACGUUUUAAAGCCCCAAACACAAGCUCUGAACUGCCCGGGAGUUUGGGGAACAGCUGACUGUUUCCUCAGUCCCUCCGUCAGUCCCUCGAAUGUUUCCUUCAACAACAAAGCACUCGCUAUAUCUCGCUCAUCUCUUUUCUUUCUCUCUUUCUCCGGGAAAUAAAGCUGCCUUCAAGUUCAGUCGGAAAUGUCGAGAUCUAUAAACGAUCUGACAGAAAACAGUGUGAAAUAUAAAGUGUACUUGUGCUACAUUGGGAAGUCACACAAAUAGGCUGUUUCAGUGACACUCCCACCGCUGCACAACCCUGCCAAAAAUCUGUGCAUCACUUUCUUUGGUCUGAACGCAGCUUAAGGCCUGUUACAUGUCUAUAGUUGUCUACAGAACACAGUGUGAAUAUAUGUCGUUAUCAUACCAUGUAUAAAAGGUUAAUGAAUGUUUAUUUUGUAUGAAAAGUGUUUUAGUUCAUUAUUAGUCACUUCGUUUAUUUUUUGUCUUUUGUGGGUAAGAUUGGUUUAUAAGUCAAAGAAAUCCUUAUGUGAUUAUAAAAAGAAAAACUGUAAAAUAAACCAGAUGUUGAACACAAGGCCUGAGUAAA